ACUGCUGCAACGGGCGGUUACGUGCUUCGGAUAUAUAUGCUUUCUGGGCGCUGGCGUAGGGCCAAGGAGCUAUCUAGGUAUACUGAGGGCCUCUCUGCGUGUUGACAUCGUCAAGUUCUGGCAGUGGAAGCAAUGUCAAUUCUUAGUCAGCAAUGCUCACGUAAUUUUGGGCCAUCAUGACACCAGGACUGAGCUACUGUUAGGCAGCAGAGUACACAGUGUUCAUGGCCUAUGACUACGCAGCUGCUUGAGUCAUUCUUGAGCUGUCUUCCAGAUCUGCAGAGGUCGACACCGUGAGACCCACUCAGCCCAGGCCUGCCCCUUGAGCUUCUCGCCAGCUGUGGUGAGAGAUUGACAUGUCGGCAUUUCCGUGAAUGUUGCGCCUUCGCAAUCGUCGUCGUCGUCAGGGGCCAAAGCAUCACAAGUCGCGUACAGACCAUAACCUCACAUUGACGCUGCUUCCUUGCACUUGAAUCCACAAUUGCCUCAUGAACUCAAUGCGCAUCGGUACAAAGGCAAUUCACAGCGGUGCACGCCCAGACGCAGCGUCAGGCGCCAUCGUCGAGCCCAUCACGCUCAGCACCACAUUCGAGCGCGGCAACGAGUACAUCUACUCUCGCGCUGGCAAUCCCAAUCGUGCCAAUUUGGAAGAAGCAAUUGCAUCGCUUGAGAAUGGCAAGCAUGCCAUUGCCUUUUCAUCUGGCAUGGCGGCCAUCACUUCCGUCAUUCAACUAUUGGGUGUAGGCGAUCGCGUCUUAUCCAUCUCUGCGCUGUAUGGCGGUACCGUCGUCUACCUUAAUCAAAUCGCGCCAACAGUCGGUAUCAAUGUCGACUAUGUCUCUGACUAUGACACACAGCCUCUUGCAGAACUGCUCAAACCAGAGACAAAGCUCGUUUGGCUCGAAACGCCCACCAAUCCAACCAUGCUCGUUACUGAUAUUGCUAAACUCGCUAAACAGUGUAAAGCAGCCGGUAUCAUGCUCGCUGUUGACAACACCUUUUCAGGGCCCGUCAUCAAUCGACCACUAGAGCUCGGCGCUGACUUUGUCGUGCAUUCAGGCACAAAAAGUCUCAAUGGACAUGCAGAUGUGACAAUUGGCUUUGUCGCACUCAACGAUGAUGAUCGCAACAAGACGCUUCGCUUCAAGCAGAAUCUCGUCGGUGGUGUUCCUUCCCCAUUUGAUUGCUGGCUUUGUCAUCGCGGUCUAAAGACAUUGCAUUUGCGAGUGCGGCAAGCCUCUCAGAAUGCACUCGCACUUGCAGAAAUGUUGGAAGCACAUGAGAAUGUGCAGGCAGUCAAUUAUCCAGCAUUACGCAGCUCAAAGCACUAUGCAACUGUGAUGAAGCAAAACACAAAAGGUCUCGGUGGAAGCAUGCUCUCGUUUCGCAUCAAGGGUGAUUUAGCAGCUGCAGAAGCGUGUUGUGCGCGAACGAAGCUGUUCAAGUUUGCAGUCAGUCUUGGUGGUGUUGAGUCGUUGAUUGAGGUGCCUGCAUCUGCCAUGACACAUCGCUCCUUGCCAAAGGAUGUGCGUGAAGCUGCGGGUAUCUAUGACAACCUCAUCAGAGUUUCAGUUGGGAUUGAGGACACCGAGGAUUUACUUGAGGAUCUGCUGCAAGCUUUGUCAUGUAAAGGUCAAGAGGGAAAGGUCAAUGGCACGAAUGGGGUGAAUGGCUAUGCUGAUGGACCAGCAAGCAAGAAGUCAAAGAAUGCUUGAUAGCACGGCAACGUUCAGUGUCUCUGCCGUAGAACCCUUUGCGCCUUCGCUCAUCCGAUCGAAAUCAUCUGGUUCUUGUGCUGACUAGACUCAGGCUGCUCUGAUCAACGGAGCAAGGUCUCGAAUCAACUGAAAGAUUGAAUUGUGAUUAGUAAUGUAUCUGAUAGGCAAGGCCUAUGUAAAGCGGUAUUGUAGGAAAUCCAAUAGGAAAAGUACCCAUUGAAU